AACACUGCGACAGGCGAGGCCUUCUGUUCUGUUACUCGGUAAACAACAUGGCGUCCGGCAGUGGGUCCAGUAAGAAUGACUUUCGUCGCAAGUGGGACAAAGAUGAGUAUGAAAACCUUGCUCAGAAACGACUGGCUGAGGAGAGAGACAAAGAGAGGAGAGAUGGGAAAACGGCUCCGCCGGUCAAGCGGGAGCUCCUGCGCCACAGAGACUAUAAAGUGGAUCUUGAGUCCAAACUGGGGAAGACCAUCGUCAUCACAAAGACCACUCCUCAGGCUGAGAUGGGCGGUUACUACUGUAAUGUCUGUGACUGCGUCGUGAAAGACUCCAUCAACUUCCUGGAUCACAUUAAUGGCAAAAAACACCAGAGGAACCUGGGGAUGUCGAUGCGAGUCGAGCGCUCGUCUUUGGAUCAGGUGAAGAAACGUUUUGAGGUGAACAAGAAGAAGAUGGAGGAGAAGCAGAAGGAGUACCACUUUGAGGAGCGAAUAAAGGAGCUGCGUGAGGAGGAGGAGAAGGCGAAGGCCUACAAGAAGGAGAAGCAGAAGGAGAGGAAACGGCGUGCAGAGGAGGACGUGGACUUUGAGGAGGACGACGAGAUGGCAGCUGUGAUGGGUUUCUCUGGCUUUGGCUCAGUUAAGAAGACUUACUGACGCGCUGCAGCUCCAAAGUUUGGAACACCACACCCCAGGACAGGGUUCUUUUCCUCCCUCCACCCCUUCUCAGUCAGCUGGACCCUGAGACCAGAACCAGACUCUGAAAACAGCAAGUCCUGCUGCAGGCUCACUGUCCUGGCAUCUUUCAUUGUCCUAGUUCAGACUUUUAAACCUGAAAAUAUUCUUUCUUUUUUAUAACAAACUCUUAUUUUUGGUCGUUUAUCCAUCGCUGUUAGUUCUAAACACAUUUAAUGAAGCAGCUUCCUGCCGGAGACGCACGUGGAAGUGAAUGUGAACAUGCUCUAAAUGUUCGUGGUAAUCUCUUCCGAGCUGAGAGAGAAAUGAUGGGCAGUUGGACCCAAAAUAAAACUGCAGCGGUUUCUUUUAAGUU